GGAUCCUCAAACGUCAUGACGUUACCCUCUUUACGUCAUGACGUCACGGUGCGGGCUCCGCUAUGAUGGCAGCCGUAGGUUGACAUCAAACGACACAGAAUAUAAAGUAUUUCAAAGUUAGCGGAACCCCCCUCCCGACAGAUAUCACAGAACACACCACCAGCUUUCAGAUAGCACACGCUCAAACACACGCGCGCGCGGUUCGGGGAACGUGGCACUAUGCCCGCAGCCACUGUGGACCACAGCCAAAGAAUAUGUGAGGUCUGGGCCAGUAACCUGGAAGAGGAGCUCAAGAGAAUCCGGCAUGUCAUCCGAAAGUACAACUACAUUGCAAUGGACACAGAGUUUCCAGGAGUUGUAGCCAGACCGAUCGGAGAGUUCCGAAGCAACGCCGACUAUCAGUACCAGUUACUGCGCUGCAAUGUGGAUCUGCUCAAGAUCAUCCAGCUGGGCCUGACAUUCAUGAACGAGCAGGGAGAGUACCCUCCCGGGACGUCGACGUGGCAGUUCAACUUUAGGUUUAGCCUCACAGAGGACAUGUACGCACAGGACUCCAUCGAGCUCCUGACCACUUCAGGAAUUCAGUUCAAGAAACACGAGGAAGAAGGCAUCGAGACGCUGUUCUUUGCAGAGCUGCUGAUGACUUCAGGAGUGGUGCUCUGUGACGGAAUCAAGUGGCUCUCCUUUCAUAGCGGCUACGACUUUGGAUACUUGAUCAAAAUUCUUUCCAAUGCGAACCUGCCGGAGGAGGAGGCCGAUUUCUUUGAGAUUCUCCGUUUGUACUUCCCCGUCAUCUAUGAUGUCAAGUACCUCAUGAAAAGCUGCAAAAACCUGAAGGGCGGACUGCAGGAAGUGGCUGAGCAGCUGGAGCUGGAGAGGAUCGGACCCCAGCAUCAGGCCGGCUCUGACUCCUUACUCACAGGCAUGGCUUUCUUCAAGAUGAGAGAGAUGUUCUUUGAGGAUCACAUCGACGAUGCUAAGUACUGUGGUCACCUGUACGGGCUUGGCUCCGCCUCUGCCUACGUCCAGAACGGAACGGGAAACGCGUACGAGGAGGAGGCGAACAAGCAGCAGUCGUGACGGCGCAGGAGUCCGAGCUCCGGCAACCAGCUGAGGAAACGAUGGACGAGCCGGAACGACACGCAGCACCAUUCAGCAAGCUGUUCUGCUCACUUUGAACACGACGGUCUAGAAGAAUCACAGCCGCCCGCGCCUGAGCUGACGGUGCGCGCCAAGGCUUUUAUUCCUACAGACCAUGUGCUCGGUUCAGUUCCAUUUAACAUGCUUGAAAAGAUGGGAUUUUAGUUUUCCUAAAGUGUUCUGUAGAAAUGUUAAUGCACUUUAAAGCUCUAACCUGAUUUUAUAUGGAAACAUGUUCCUGGUGUGCGUCUCUCCUCUUGUGUUCCGUUUCAACUUUUUUUUUUUUUACAUUGUGAAUGUGUGAAGCCUUUAACUCCGGCAGCAGCAGCUCCACCCACACUCAGCCUUAAAGAAAAGCUGCGUCCUUCUGUUUUAAACCUUUUUUUUUAUUUAUUGUGAGCUCAACACUACACGUUCGCCUGACGGAUCACCUUCAGAACAGGAACCUGUGCGUUUACAAGCAUGAAAAUCCGUGCGUUUCACUCCCAUAAAUGAACCUGGAGGACGUUUACCUGUAAAGAAGCUCCUCCCUCCUGUUCUGGACGAAGAUUUAAAAGGAUGUUCAUGAGAAUUCUCAACAUUUAGAAAAGUUUGUGAGGAAACGAAGCUGAACCAGCAGAGUAAACUUUCAGUUUUAUUGCAAUUGAGGUUUUGAAAUAUUUUAGUCUUGAAUUAUUAAAAAGGGGAGGAAGUCGGUUUUACCCUUCAAACCCAGACGAAGGCUCAUCAACGCAUCGGAUUCCGUGUUCCACUGUUCCUGCCGCAUGUCCUGAAGCUGAAAUAAAUGCUGUGGUUGCGUCGUG